GCGCAGCUCGGCGGCGCGGCUGGACUGAGCUGCUCUGGCUGCGCGCGGAGCCCCGCGCCCCCUGGCUCUGCGCCAGGCCGGCGGGCGUGCGCCCGGCGCGCGGCACUGCAGCGCAGGUCAUAUGAGCAGAAACGAUGAGAAAAGCACUUUUUAAUCUUUUCGCACUUGCUCUGCCGGCUCAAACAGUUGCAGGAUGUCGAUGACAGACUUUCUCAGCGCUGAGGACAUCACGAAGGCAGUGGGGGCCUUUACCGCUGUCGACUCCUUCGACCACAAAAAGUUCUUCCAAAUGGUUGGACUGAAGAAAAAGAGCCCGGAUGACGUGAAGAAGGUAUUCCACAUCUUGGAUAAAGACGAGAGCGGCUUCAUCGAGGAGGAGGAGCUCGGAUCCAUUCUGAAAGCCUUCUCCCCAGAUGCCAGAGACCUAUCUGCUAAGGAAAUCAAGACACUGCUGGCUGCUGGAGACAAGGACGGGGAUGACAGGAUUGGGGUCGAUGAAUUCUCUGCUCUGGUGGCUGAAAGCUAAGAGGCUCUGACUGCCCAGGUCUUGUCCUUCUCUGCCCCAAACACCCGAUCUCAGCCCCACUUGCUGCCCUCCUGCCUUUCUGUUCAGUUUGUUUAUGUUAUUUUUACUACCCCCGUCCCUUGUGGCCCUUGAAGGACACCAUUCUUCUGGAAAAUGAUGGAGAAACAAUAAAGGCUGUACCACUCAGA